ACGUCCAUUUUGGGACGCCACCGUCUUGACGAACUGCCACCAUGACUGCUCUUCGUCGAAUCCAAAAGGAACUCAGAGACAUCUCCUCGAAUCCAAUAGAGGGCAUCUCUGUUGAAACUGCAGAAGAUAACAUGUUCCGUUGGAAUUGCGCGAUCAAGGCUGCUCCAGAUUCGCCGUACAAGGGCGGAACAUUCCGCUUUACCAUGACUCUCCCUCAAAACUUUCCCUUCAAAGCGCCGACUGUUACGUUCUCCACGAAGAUAUACCAUCCCGGAAUCAAUGAAGAAGGCAGCAUCUGUAUUCCCGUGCUCCGCGAUGAGUGGAAACCAUCAGUUACUCUAUCAUCGGUUCUUUCUGUUAUUCAAGAAAAGGUCAACAACCCAAGUACUGACGAUCCAUUUGAGCCGGAUAUAGCUGCGCUUCUCAAGAAUGACAAGAAUAAGUUCCUUGCAACUGCGAAGGAGUGGACGAAGAAGUAUGCAACGUAAGGAAUUUGUGGAAAGGAUUGAAUAGGAUAUAUGUAUAGUAGUCACGGAAUGAGAGCCGACUUUAAUUUUUGGACGCGUUCGAUCAAAAGUAGUAUUUGUGGCUGUUGUGGGAAUUGAUGCCAUGAG